AGACAUUUUUUUUCACCUCAAUUAAUUUUUUUUACAGUUAAGUGAAGUUGCGUCAGUAUCUGACACUACCUAUCUUUCUAAAAAUAUUCCAGGUAAUAGAGUGUAAUAACAAACUUGUCAAAUCAAUAUUACUUUGAUUUUUUUUAGAAAAUGUCGCGGAUACUACGGAGGAUACUUCUAACAAAACCAAUGAGCCCAGUGAAGCUUCGCCAGUAUUUAACACGACUUAUGCAACCGAAAAUAAGUCAGAUAAUGUCAACGUUAAUGAUAUCAGUGAUGAGCUCAACAAAAAUAAUCAGCCCUCUAAAAUGGAACAAAACACCAAUGUUAUACCGUCCGUUAUAGCACAAGGUGAAAUCCAAUGCGAUGAUGUGGAAAAUCUUCCUAUUGAAAUUGAACCAUUAAUCUCUAGAAAGCCACAACAAUUUUUAACAUUUGUAGAUAAUGCGUCUUCAUCAGAUAAUUACGACCCAGAAGAGAGUUCUGAUAGUUCCAGCUGUUCUUCGAGUUGCUCGGCGUGUUUGACCUCUUCAACUUCUGCAGAUUCUACUAUUGAAAACCGACAAAUAAAUCAACCCGGUAAGUCUCAGAAAUAUGUAGAAGUUAAUUUCUCAAGUAUAUUGUUUAUUUUUAAGGGCAUCCCUUAAAAAAGACAAGAAAGGAGUCGAUGUGGAAGAAAAAUAUAAGAAAGGACAAAAGACGCAGAGGCGAGUCAUACAUCGGCGCAAAAAACAUAACGAAAGCCGCACGUCCUUUAUUACCACCACCAUGUUUCGUAAAACCAAACCAUAAAUGCAUUGCAUUUGUAAAAGAAGAAAACCGUCAAGAAAUUUAUAACCAGUUUCGAAAACUGCCAUCCCUAGAUGAUCAAAGAGUUUUCGUUAUAAAUCACGUCGAACAACGGUUUAAGAGCAGAGUAACAAGAAACAUCGAAAAUUCUAGAAGAAGUUUUACUUAUGAGUAUACGUUCACUGUUGAUGGCCAGAAAAUAAAAGUCUGUCGUGAGUUCUUUAUGGCUACUCUGAAUGUCACUGAUUCAUUUAUACGCACAGCAUGUCAAAAACGAUCUUCUAAUGGGGUGAUUAGGGGUGAUUUGCGUGGUAAACACGCUCCAUUUAACAAACUCUCAAAAACAGAGAUCAGGAUGAUAAAUUGAUUCGGGAUCACAUUCUGUCAUUCCCGGCAGUAGAGUCACACUAUUGUAGAUCGUCUACACAAAAAAAGUAUUUGGAUGCCACUCUAAAUAUUUCAAUUAUGCACAGAUUGUAUAAAACUAUGUGCAUGGAAAAAAAAAUAAAACCAGUUUGCUUAGAGAAAUAUAGACAUAUUUUUAGUGAAUACAAUUUAGGAUUCUUCCGCCCAAAAAAGGAUCAAUGCAAACAAUGUUUAGCCCAAACGAACAUGACAGAAUUUGAGAAAAAAGAACAUGAAAAUAAUUUCCAACAACACUUGACGCGAAAAACACUAGCCCGUAAAGCUCGCGACAAUGACAAACAAACAGCAAAAGAAAAUCCAGAAGUACUGUCUUUUAAUUUUGAUCUCGAGUCUGUACUUACUACGCCCAAAGGUCCAGCUGGCCAAAUAUUCUAUUUAAGAAAGUUAGCAAUCUACAACUUAACAAUCUAUGACUUAGCAAAUCAAGAUGUAGAUUGUUACCUGUGGGAGGAAACUCAGGGGAAAAGAGGCGCAGUCGAAAUAGCUUCUUGCGUUCGUGAUUACUUGCUAGCCCAUCCCAACAUCAAAGAAGUUCGAAUGAUGUCUGAUGGAUGUGGGGGCCAACAAAAAAAUUCGAUAUUUGCUGCUAUGUGCCUUGAGGUUUUCUCAGUUCACCGUAAUUUGGUUCAAAUUGAUCAUAAAUUUUUUGAGACCGGCCACACAGAGAUGGAGUGCGACUCUAUACAUUCAAAAAUUGAAUAAAAAUCAAAAUAUGUACCUGUAUAUUCUUCUGAAGGCUGGGCGCAAAUCAUCAGAAGCGCUCGUGUAAAACCACGACCUUUUGUAGUAAAACAAUUAACACAUGGUGAUUUUUUAGACUUCAAAACAUUUGGCCUUCAAUCAUUUAAAUUGAGCCAAAUUUCCUGGCGAAAAGUGUGUUGGAUUCGCUAUCUCAAAGCCGAUCAAACAAAAAUACUUUACAAAUUUAAUUAUAAUGACGAAUUCGAAGUGGCAAGUAUAACUAAGUCUAAAGGAAGACCAAAAAAGGUACUGUUAAAUAAAGCUUACAGCGAUGAGUUACCAAUUAAUGCUGCGAAGUUUAAAGACCUACAGAAAAUGUGUAGCGAUCUAACCAUACCAAAAAAUUAUCAUCCAUUUUAUAAUUCACUGAAGGUCAGUGAUAAAGUCAGAGACAGAUUACCUGAACCUGAUGAUGAUGAAGAACGUGUAAAUAGCGAUGAAGAGGAAGAUUGUUAGGAACCACCUUUUAAGUUAAAACUCGGUAUUUUUGACG